UCAAUCGAUCAAUUCUUGGGUCGAUUCAAUUCUUCAAGUCUUCAAUCGAUUCGUUAUUUGAUUUUAAAGAAGAAACAACUUAAAUCAAAAGCACUUAUCAAUCAAUCUCAAAAGCUCUAGAAGCAACCAGGACGAUCAAACAGAUCAAGAAAAGAAAAAUUUAGUUAGUAAUAUGUAAAGAAAAAAGAUAUUAGAAACUACUUACAAUCAUGAAUUGAAGUCGGUCAAAAGUAAAGAUUACUUCAAAUUGAUCCCAAUAGGAUAAGCAAAGGAAAAAUCAAUAUUGAUUAGAGUAUCAUCAAACCAUCAUUUUGCAUUAUAUGAUAUAAAGUUAUGUCUAAUUCAGAUAUCAAUCUCAUUAAACAAAAGCAAGAAGGUCAUCACAUCUAUCCAGAAUCAACUAUUCUCAAUCAUAUAACAUUCAAACAAAAAAAGGAAGGCAUCAAAUCAGACUUGACUGUUUUAUCAAAUGCUUCAAAUUCUUUAUAUUUGUCAUACUGUAUGAAUUGAUUGACAUGUUUGCAUGUUUGUCAUCAAAAUUUCCCAAUGUAUCAUACUAAUAUAUCUCUAUCCACCAUGGAAAAUCAAUAUGUUUUUUUCAUUUUCCUCCCAUGUGUCAACUUGCUGUUUCUGUUUUCUUGGUCUGCAUAGUAUCACAAUGGAUUUUUUCAACUUUUCAAUUGUCAACUUCAUCUCUCUGAAGGGCUUUUGAGGUGGAUGCAAUGAAACAAUAUAUAUCC